UCAGAGCUGGAAGACACAUCACAGAUUUUCUAAGAGACACCUAGGCACAAGAAAAGCUCCAUGCCCAGGGCCACACUCUGCGGGCAGAGUCAGCAUCUGAAUGUGAGCUUCCAGAGUCCAUGUCCAGUGCUCUUCCGCACAAGGCCAUGGCCUCUCUUCCUGCGGGGGUGCCGAAUCAGGCUCUGUCCAAAGAGCAUGGCUCUGAGAAUAAGGAAACCAUGGGUGUAUGUAUGCUGCCUGCAGGGGACAGGUAGAUAGAACGCCUUAUUGUCCAGGUGUGUUGCCCAUGUACUGUUCUGAAGGGUUUGACAGGCCAGCGGUGACUGCUGGGGGGGAACUAGAAGCAAAGGCCCCCAGUUCCAUGGGGUAGCAUUUCAUCUUCAGGAUGUCCCCAAGUCACAGUCAGCAGUUUGGGAUCUGGCCUGCUUUCUUCUUGCUUUGUACUCAUGUGCGAUUUAUUUAGGACUGAUCUGCUGUGAAGAAUGGGUGUAAGGAAGAGUAAGAGGCCUGAACUGGUAUCUGUUCAUGAGUCAGAUCUCCUCCUAGAACGUCAGCUCGUGAGGGUAGAAAGUCUGUGUUCGUUGCUGAGCCCGUGCCCAGAGCAAAGCCUGGCACAUGGUGGGCCCUCUGUACUACUUGGCGAGUAAGUGUACUGGGCACUGGGAAAGAGACCUCCCUCCCAGAAGGAACCCACGAGUGACACACAGAGGGGGGGAUGGGAAGGUGAUUGAUGGGACCUGCAGAGUUUUGCCGUGAGUCAUGGCUUCAGACAAGCUCCAGACAGCAAUGCCCUCCUAGCCAGCCGCCACGGGAUGGAGGGCUUCAUGGACUCAGGGACACAGACGGAUGCCGUGGUGGUGCUGUCCUUGGCUCAGGCCGCCGUGCUGGGCCUGGUCUCGGAAAAUGAGCUCUUCGGAGCCACCAUAAGCGCCGAAGCCUUCUACCCGGACCUGGGGCCCGAGCUGUCCGGGACGGCCAUGGGGGAGCCCGGGCCCCCCGGCCCCGACGUCUACCAGCUGGCCUGCAACGGGAGGGCCCUGGAGGAGCCAGUGGAAGAGGAGGUGCUGGAGGUGGAGGCCGCCUUCGAGAAGCACACCCGGCGGAAGACGCGGCCACCUGUGCGGCUGGUGCCCAAGGUCAAGUUUGAGAAGGUGGAGGAGGAGGAGGAGCAGGAGGUCUACGAGGUGUCCGUGCCCGGUGACGACAAGGAUGUGGGCCCUCCGGAGGCCCCUGCCGAGGUGGCCGGCAGCGGUGGCGAGGCCCUGGUGCAGAGCAGCGCCGUCAAGAUGAUCGACCUGAGCGCCUUCAGCCGCAAGCCCCGGACACUGCGUCACCUGCCCCGAGCCCCGCGGCCGGAGCUGGACGCCGCCGCCUACGACCCCCACUUCCCCGACCCGGCCCGGGACGGCUUCCCGGAGCCCGGCGUGGCGCUGCCCGGGCCGGAGCCCCUGCCGUCCUCCGAGUGCGGCUUCGAAGCGCCCCACCUGGCCCCACUGGGCGACCCCGAGGCCCCCGCCCUGGAGUCGCCGGAGCCCGUGAAGCCAGAGCAGGGCUUCGUGUGGCAGGAGGCCAGCGAGUUCGAGGCGGACGCGGCCGGCUCCACAGUGGAGCGCCACAAGAAGGCGCAGCUGGACCGGCUGGACAUCAACGUGCAGAUCGACGACUCGUACCUGGUGGAGGCGGGCGACCGGCAGAAGCGCUGGCAGUGCCGCAUGUGCGAGAAGUCCUACACGUCCAAGUACAACCUGGUAACGCACAUCCUGGGCCACAACGGCAUCAAGCCGCACUCGUGCCCGCACUGCAGCAAGCUCUUCAAGCAGCCCAGCCACCUGCAGACGCACCUGCUGACGCACCAGGGCACCCGGCCCCACAAGUGCCAGGUGUGCCAGAAGGCCUUCACGCAGACCAGCCACCUCAAGCGCCACAUGCUGCUGCACUCGGAGGUCAAGCCCUACAGCUGCCACUUCUGCGGCCGCGGCUUCGCCUACCCCAGCGAGCUCAAGGCGCACGAGGUGAAGCACGAGAGCGGCCGCUGUCACGUCUGCGUGGAGUGCGGCCUGGACUUCUCCACGCUGACGCAGCUCAAGCGCCACCUGGCCUCCCACCAGGGCCCCACCCUGUACCAGUGCCUCGAGUGCGACAAGUCCUUCCACUACCGCAGCCAGCUGCAGAACCACAUGCUGAAGCACCAGAACGUGCGGCCCUUCGUGUGCACGGAGUGCGGCAUGGAGUUCAGCCAGAUCCACCACCUGAAGCAGCACUCCCUCACCCACAAGGGCGUGAAGGAGUUCAAGUGUGAGGUGUGCGGCCGGGAGUUCACCCUGCAGGCAAACAUGAAGCGACACAUGCUGAUCCACACCAGCGUCCGGCCCUAUCAGUGCCACAUCUGCUUCAAGACCUUCGUGCAGAAGCAGACCCUCAAGACCCACAUGAUUGUACACUCGCCUGUGAAGCCAUUCAAAUGCAAGGUGUGUGGCAAGUCCUUCAACCGCAUGUACAACCUGCUGGGUCACAUGCACCUGCACGCGGGCAGCAAGCCCUUCAAGUGCCCCUACUGCUCCAGCAAGUUUAACCUCAAGGGCAACCUGAGCCGGCACAUGAAGGUCAAGCACGGUGUUAUGGACAUCGGCCUGGACAGCCAAGACCCCAUGAUGGAGCUGACGGGCACUGACCCCUCCGAGCUCGACAGCCAGCAGGAGAUGGAGGACUUCGAGAACGCCUACGCCUACGCCGGUGUGGAUAGCAGCGCCGAGGCCAGCGUCCUCACCGAACAGGCCAUGAAGGAGAUGGCCUACUACAACGUGCUAUAGUAGUGCUGGGCCGUCCAGAGGGGGCGGGGAGGGCAGGGGACGUGGGGGGAGACCCAUGUGCUGCGGGCCACCCCUCCCGCAGCGGAGAAGCUACUGCCCCACUGUCCUAAGCCCUCCUCCCCUCCCACCGAGUCGUUUGCACCACUAGGGACUUGUAGACCAAAUGGAGACUGUACUGGCCUCAGCUGUGACCCAGGCACAGGCCCCAGGCAUCUGGGGAAGGAAGGAGAACACAAGGGGCCCAGCUCUGGGUCGCCCUGGCCUGCUGCUGUGGGAGAGUGGGAAAAAUGCUGGCGGGGGCCAUAUGGGGCCAAGACAGUAGGGCCCAGGUCCUCAGGUCUGUCCAGGCCCCACAGAGCUGGGGCAGUGAUGUGGGCGGGGCCUCCUGAUAGCUCCUCAGGGGUCCUGGCACUGGAGGAAGACAGCUUGAGCCUGGCCUUGUUUCCUUUCCCCACCAACUCCUGCCUCUAGGGAUGUCUGAGCUCCUGUGCUGGUCAGCAUCGCCCGCCCCACCCCGGCCCUAUCCCCCCCACCAGGCCCUGGGCUGGGAAACGCUCAGGCCCCAGAGCCCCCUUCCCCACCCCAUCCGUCAACAGCCAGGCAGGGCCCCCUGCCUUCUACCUCCUGGUGCCUCCCACGCUCUCCAGAGCCAGGCAUGCAUGCAGCCCGGUCCUGGCCUCAGGAAAGCGGGGUAUAGCCCAGCCCCCAGCCGGUGUCCUCCCCAGCCAACCCCCCCCGAAGGCCCCCACCUUCCAGCAGUUUGAAAGUGGGUGUCCCUAAAGUAGAUUUCAGCGGUUGUCAUCCAGUUCCUUGCUGAACGGGUCACUGCACCAGGGUCCCCCGACGUUGAGUAGAGCAGGGACGUGCCUUUGGCUGGGCACUUGCUAAGCAGACGGAGGCCCCUCAAAUGAGGGGCAGGGGACCGAGAGGGGCUGUCCUCAGAGGCGGCCCAGGACCACCUUGGGGUUGCUGGGGUGCUGUAUUAUUGACAAGUAUCCGUGUUGAGGAAGCAGACAGCCAAGAGUCAACAGGUUCCCAAGAAGAGCCACUUAGUUAAAAAGAAAAUGAAGACCAUAGAGAAAAAAAAAUUUUUUUUGAGCAAAUGGGGUAUUUUGAAGGUAAUUUAUUUUUUUUUCCUUGCCACUUCUGUGUCGCCUGUUCUUUUCUGAUGGAGAUCAUUUUCUUUUUCCAAAUGGAAGCUCCCUCAUGUGCUGUGCGUGCUUCGUGCCUGCCCAACCUCGAGCGGGGCAGGGCUCGGGCGCGGAGGGACGGGCUGCCGGCAGGGAGCCUCGGGGCCGGGGCAGGAGGCGGGAGGCCGAACCGGGCAGGCCCUUGGCCCCUGCCCGGCCCCUCCAGCCAGUGACUCGCGCGGCACCAGUGGCAGGAGCCGCUUGGUUCUGCUCAGCCGGCGGCUCGCUCCCUCGCUUGCCCGCUCUCCUGGCCUCUGUCCCCGGGCCAGCUCCCGCCCUGGGAACUGAAGACAGGCCGCCCGGGGCAUGAAGUAGCACAUUCAGGAACGGCUAAGGCACCCGGACUCCUGCCCACUCGCCUCCCGAGGCCUCGGUGGGGAGGGGCAGGCGGGGCUGUCCCCAAAGGCACGAAGGAGGUGAAGCCACCAGCUUCAGCCCGGAAACCAGGAAAGGAGGGGUAACAGCUGGGGAGGAUGGGAGGACCAGCCGGAAAUGCAGCUGCCCCCAAAGCUGUAUCCUUAGUGAAGGACCAAGCCAGGCUUCAGGGUGGCCGUGAUCAGGACUGAGGGGAGAACAAGGUGGCCUCGGGAGCAGGCAGUCAGGUGCCCCUUCCUUCUCUGCUAAACCUCCCGCUAAGAGGCAGCAGAUGAAAGGGAUGGGGGCUCACGGGAGCCUUUCCCCUCCAGAACCCCGAGGCCCUCCCCCCGGCCCCCCAGGUGCCCGCCAUGAUGACCCUCAGGUGGCAGUGACCCCGUCACUGUAGAAGACAUUUUCUCCUGCUGAGCAGAAGCCUCACCCCCUGCAAACUACCUCUUCCCACAAUGUCUUUCUCCCCUGGUACCAAAAAGAACCCUGUACCUCCUCGUCCUCCUCCUCUUUCCUGCCAGUGCAGUGGCCUUGGUCGUGGAAACCCAAGGGAGAAGGUCUGGCCCCCAGGGUGGGGCUGUCCUUUCCUCCCACAGCCCUGCCAUCAGCACACCGGCCCUCUGCGAGGUUCGAUACUUGAACGCCCCCCUGCCCUGUGCCUUGGACCCGGGCAAAGCGAAGAGAAGGAAACAGCACAACUCACACACCUGAGCUGGGGGGUGGUCUCGGCAAGGCUCCUGUCCUCACCCCUCCCCCGACCUUUCAAGAGAGGCACCCGCGCGGCCUCUUGGGUGACUUGGAAACUCCUGGACAAAUUCCAUCCUAACUUAUUUUGACGUGUAUACAAACCACCUGUUUAGAAAUUCCACUUGUGCAAAGCCCUACUGUGUUUUUAUGUUCCUGUUUAAAAGAGAAGUUUACUUAGCAAUAAUUAUAAAUAAAUGAAUAUUCUUUA